GGAGGUUGCCUCACUAAUCGUUUGCUUUGCCUAAUGCCACUGAUCGCAUAGGGCGCUCGCAGCAUUCUGAAGUUCUGAGAGAGGACCUCCGGCGGCGUCUCCUCGUCGAAACCUUGCUGCCGCUCUUCAUUGCCUUCUUCGCCGCCCGAGCUCUCAGUUUUCCCCAUCUCAACUUCAUCCCCCAUCGCUCCAAGCACGCCAAUUCGAGGGUCUCUGAUAAGGUUUGUUCUGGUAUAGAAGAUUGGGCUAGCAGUGUGCUUGGAACAACAUUCUUCCGGGCCAUGCCUCGUAAAGUUAACCGCGGAGUUGAUAUCGAUGAAGACUAUGAUAGUUAUGAAGAUUAUGACUAUGAAGAUGACUAUGAUUAUAGUGUAGAAAGUCCUGCAAAAGCAGAAGAGCCUCAUCAAAAAACUAAAAAGCUGUGGAGCUGCUCUAUUUGUACAUAUGACAAUGACGAGAGCAUGUCUGCAUGUGAUAUUUGUGGUGUUGUUCGCAACCCCGUGGCUGGUGAUUUUAAGAACAGCAAUAAGAAAACAGAUGUAUUUGUUGCAGCUGACAGUGAGGGAAAAUUCUCUGGAGUAUCAUUAUUGGCAAAGUCUCUUUUUGCAUCAUUGCCACAUCAGACAUCCCAGAAGGCCGGGGUUGGUCAACUGCAGAAGGAUGACUUUGUGAUGAAAAGCAGGAAUGACUUUCACAAAUGUGGAAAUGCCCAAGGAAAUUUCCUUGCUUUCAAUAAUGCUUGUAGUUGUCUGAACUGUUCUAGAGCAAUGAGUGUUGCUUUUAUUUUGCCUGAGAAUCAUUUAAGCUUAGCAGUUAUUUGUAUGAGAUGGCUAGUGGUAGUUCCUGCCAACUUUUAUAUUUAUCGACACCUGACCUCCUUGGCAUUGUCCAUGCAGCUGCUUUCAAGUUUGAUGCUCCAUCUCCUGAUGAUACGGUUUCAAUUGGGUUACAGUCCUCAAAAUUGCUUACUAAAGGUCUGUGCAGGUAAUGUAAAGCCUUCAACUGUAGCUGAAGACUGUAAUGGUGCAGAAAGUGCACAUUCUACCACGCAGAGGUCUGAAAAGUCAUCCAAAUCAAACGGGAAACGAGGUAAACUGGAUGCAAACAAUUCAACUGAGACAGCAGUCAAUGGAAAAUUAGAUUCCAAAUAUUCAGAUCGUCCUCCUGCAGAAACAUUUCAUGGAAGUGAUGGUGGUUUAGGGGGACACAAUUCUUCGAAGAAGGGCGUCCUCAGUGGUCAACGUAGUGAUGAAGCUUCUGGUAGCUCUACCCCAUUGAAGAUUAAAGAAAAACAUAAAAAUGCAGAUGAUGACUUCAUUGGUCAAAAGCGAACGGCUCCCACCAGCAAUUUCGGGAAGAUAUCCUUGUCUGACCAACCCGGGAAUUCCAAUGCUCUUGAUUCCAGAAAAGCCAAGUCAAUUGCAGAAUACCAUCCUGAUAAAUGGAUGCUUCCCGACAAGGCUAACGAUACAUUAACUCAAUUAAACCUUGCAAUUGUUGGUCAUGUUGAUUCAGGAAAAUCAACAUUGUCAGGAAGACUGCUGCAUCUUUUGGGAAGAAUCACUAAAAAAGAAAUGCACAAAUAUGAAAAAGAAGCCAAGAUACAGGGAAAGAGUUCCUUUGCUUAUGCAUGGGCUUUAGAUGAGAGCCCUGAAGAGCGGGAAAGGGGAAUUACCAUGAACGUGGCAGUUGCCUAUUUUGAUUCCAAAAUGUAUCACGUUGUCAUCCUGGAUUCUCCUGGUCAUAAAGAUUUUGUUCCAAACAUGAUAUCUGGUGCAACACAAGCGGAUGCUGCUAUUCUAGUGAUCGAUGCAUCUAAUGGUGCCUUUGAAGCUGGAUUCGAUGGUUCCAAAGGGCAAACACGGGAGCAUGUCCUACUGAUUAGAAGCUUUGGUGUGGAACAACUUAUAGUUGCUGUCAACAAAAUGGAUGCUGUGGGAUACUCAAAAGAUCGAUUUGAUCUUAUAGUAACACAACUUGGUGCAUUUUUUCGUUCUUGUGGCUUCAAGGAAUCAUGUAUUUUCUGGAUUCCUUUGAGCGCUAUAGAAAACCAAAAUCUAGUGGCUGCUCCUUCUGAUGCUCGUUUAUUAUCUUGGUAUAGAGGGCCUUAUUUGUUAGAUGCAAUUGAUUCUCUGCAACCUCCAGCCAGAGAUUUUGCCAAACCGCUACUGAUGCCCAUAUGUGAUGUAACCAAAUCAUCUUCACAAGGUCAGGUGUCGGUCUGCGGAAAAUUAGUUGCUGGAGCACUUCGCAGUGGAUUGAAGGUGGUGGUGAUGCCUUCUGGAGAAGUGGGAACAAUAAAGUCCCUAGAGCGUGAUUCUCAAAGCUCUACUGUUGCCAGAGCAGGAGACAAUGUAACUCUCAAUCUCCAAGGACUCGAUCUGAGUAACAAUGUCGUGCCUGGAGGUGUUGUAUGCCACCCUGACUAUCCUGUUGCUGUUGCAAAGCAUUUUGAGCUGAAAGUGCGUGCUUUAGAAGAACUAGCACUCCCUAUUCUCAACGGCUCUCAGGUUGAGUUUCACAUACAUCAUGCACAAGAGGCAGGAAAGGUAGCGAAAAUAGUAUCGAUACUCGAUCCGAAGUCGGGGAAGGAGACAAAGAGAUCACCCCGAUGCCUUCUCUCCAAGCAAAGCGCAGUGCUCGAGGUUGUUUUGAAUAAGCCGGUCUGCGUGGAAGUAUACUCCAACUGCAGAGCCCUCGGGAGGGCGUCCCUCAGAGCCAUGGGGAGGACCAUUGCCAUCGGCAUCGUCACCCGGAUAAUCCAGUAGGAGGACCUGCAAUUUUGAGCUGUGUACACUUUUGAGGACAGUUGACGUAGGUAACUUGCAAAAGAGGGAAUGAGGGUAGUUGUCUACGCAUGUGGGUCGAUGACCACGUUUUGUGUAGAGUCCUGUAUUGUAUCGUAUGUAUGAUUUUCAAAGUGUUUAUUGUUUCUUUCUUCUUUUACACUAAAGUGUUUGUUGUUUCUUUCUUCGUUUACUCGAUUAGUGUUAGUGACUACUCUCCAUUUUUCUGGGUGGUGGUGGAGAGUCUGGGCUGCGAGGAGCAAGUGACUUUCCACGAAGUUGAAUGGAAUCACGUUAGUCAAGUGCGCGUGGAAUUGUGCUCAAGUUCGAGUGAGAUGAUGGAUAAGUUGGUUCACUAAAAUCAAGGUUUUACUGUACCAAAAGACGUGGAGGUUCAAUGAUUUCAUACCACUAAAAACUAUCUAUUAUUUUA